AGAACGCGGUGUCAGCAGAAGAUUAGCAGAGGAUUGUCCGAAUCCGUGGGGGGAGAGUUUGGAAUUUUUAUACGAAUACCUUAGUUUAAUUUUAGGAAGAUGUCCUCUAUAUCAAACCGUGCAAAGUCCAUGCGGCAAUAUUUCAACCACGAGGCAAAAUAUCUAGGUAAACAAAAGGCGAAUCCUUUCCACAAGACCAAGAAUCCACAGGGAAUCAUCAACAUGGGUACAAGUGAAAACACAAUGACAUAUGAUUUGCUGAAAGCUAAGUUUGAUGAAAAAGAGUCUCGCACUUUGCUUCCAGAGCAUGCACAAUAUAUUUGUGGAGAAGGAUUAGAGAGUUUUAGAGAAGCAAUCGCAGAUUUUCUCAAUGACCAUAUGAAGCCUGUGGAGCCUAUUCUUCCAGAAAAUUUGAUUGUUUCUAAUGGAUGUACACCACUAAUUGAUACUCUGGCCUUUUCACUUGCUGAUGAAGGAGAGGGUUUGCUGAUCCCGUCUCCAUUUUAUGGAUCAUUUCUCCUGGAUUUGCAGUCAAGAUCAAGAGUGAUACCUUUUCCAGUUGAACUUUCUAGUAAGAUUGGUCCAGGAGAGACACAGCCAUUUGAACUUACUGUAGCAAGACUAGAAUCUGCUUUAAAGAAAGCAUCAGAGCAGGGUGUGAAAAUCCGUGGACUACUGCUAUGCAACCCAAACAACCCCCUGGGCAAUAUCUACUCCGAAGAACUCUUACAAGAAUGUCUGAAUUUUGCUUUCAGACAUUCUCUACAUGUCAUCGUAGACGAGAUAUACAUGAUGUGCGGAUACAGAGAAGGUUGUUCUGUGACAAAUGUGAUGAGUUUAAAAAACAUUCCAGACAAGGAGAUGGUUCACGUCCUGUGGGGCUUUAGUAAGGAUUUUGGAAUAUCUGGAUUUCGCUGCGGUGUUCUUCACACGUUAAACAAAGAACUUUUCAGACUCAUAAGUUCAGGAUAUCAAAUAUUCCAUGAUAUAUCAGCCCAAACACAGGUUCUCCUUACAAAUCUCAUCAAGGAUAAAGAAUGGUUAGAUAAAACGUUUUUCCCAACAAAUAGACAACGGCUUCGAAAUGCUUACAAGAUGGCUUGUGAUGCUCUUGAAGAAGUUGGUAUUCCGUUCCUCCCCGGAGAAUGUGGACUGUUUAUAUGGGUCGACUUUAGGGAGCUCCUUCUAACAUCAUCUUUUGAAGAUGAAAUGCACUUGUUAGACUGCAUGAUAACACAUGGUGUAUUCAUCUUUCCUGGGUCAUAUUUUCGUUGUCCAGAACCCGGUUGGUUUAGAAUAAUAUUCGCCAUGGAGACGGAUAUUCUUCAACUAGGUUUAAGCAGAAUUCAGCAAACUGUGAGGGAGGUCCGCGCUGGUCUGGCUUCGAAGCAGGAUGAGAGAGCUGCCCUUGCUCAGAGAGAAGAAAGUACUAGCUUCAUAGAAAGCGAGAAUGGUGAAAGUCUCGAGGAUUUACUUCGAACAUUACACCAGCAAAUACAAAACAGUGACUGGCUGAAGGAAAAUACCGCUGAAAAGUGGAUGGAGGAAAAUCCUGAACUGGCUAAAGCCUUUUUAAAGCAAAACGACGAGAAAUAACAAGCUAAAUGAUUUUAUUAAAUUGCCAGAAAACCGCCAGAUAAGUUUUCCUUUCAGAAAGUUACCAAACGAUAUCUUCAGGGAGGGAUAGGUGGAGAAUCUAUAAUCAAGAGCAAUGGUUACCUUUCGACAUAAACAACGAGCAGUCUCAUCUUUCUGGCGAAAUCCGUCAAGUAAGUAAAAAAAAAUCAGCGAAAAAAUAAAUUGAUGUUAGCGCGGAAUUCCCAGGGUGAGAUAUGACGCGCGAACAUCCAUUUUUGUUGAAUUUUUUUGCCUCGCGCGACGUAUUUCGCCUUAAAGGCGCUGCUCGUGGUCUUCUUUUGACACGGCUGUACAAGUCAAUGCGAAUAUCUCUCUUUCACAAAAGAGAGCAACUGAAUUUUAUUGAAAUCAUUUUCUCACUUAUUUCACAAACCCUGCCGAAGGACAGAGAGGAAAAUGACCGGUAAGUUGUUUGUGAUGACAAUCCACAAUAAGAAACUCACACAGUCAAAGAUAACUCACUUCAAAAUGGACAAAUGUACAGGAAAAUCACAUCACACUUAUAAGUAUUUACAAUAUGAAUGAUCUUGUACCAAGUUGAUAUGAGCAUUGACAAAUACAUAAUCGUAUGUAAAACAUAAUAAAUAGAAUAAUUUGAGAAACUAGUUUUACUAGUUUACUGAACAAUAAGGCACCUGGUACUUCAUUUUCACACAAGGCAACUAAUAAAAAGAAAAUAGCUUAUGUUCACGGGCAUAAAUAUGUUUAGGGUCCCGACUCACGUGUCAUUUUAGCCCGAGCCAUCUAACGAGGUUCAAAAUGACUCUGGGAAGGGCCCAAAACAUAUUUACGCCCGCGAAAAUAAGCUGUAUUGCUGUAAUUAUCAAUUUGGAGGGCGUUGUGACGUUACGGCACACUGGAAAAUGUUGAACAUCUCGACGUUUGCUAUCAGCUGAUUGUACACUAAUACGAAAGCAACAAUGAA